AUGAGAAGCUUAAACAUUCCAAUUGAUGGAAAUGUACUUAAAGAACAAGCACACUUUUUUGCUUCCAAAUUAAACAUCAAAGAUUUUAAAGCAUCGGAUGGUUGGUUACAGAAAUUUAAAUUUCGGAAUGGUUUGAGUUUCCGGAAAGUGUGUGGUGAAAGUGCAGCAGUAGACACGUCAUCAGCAAAUGAAUGGAAAGAAGAAAAGUUGAAAUUGCUUCUUUCUGAAUACGCUGCAGAUGACGUUUUUAAUGCGGACGAAACGGCUUUGUUUUUUAAGAUUUUGCCAGAAAGAACAUUAGCUUACAAAGGAGAUAAAUGUGUUGGAGGUAAUAAAGCUAAAGAGAGACUUACAGUUUUGAUUGCAGCCAACAUGACUGGGUCACAAAAAUUGCCUCUGCUCUUUAUUGGAAAAUAUCUGAAACCAAGGUGUUUUUUAAAAAAUGUUCAGAAGAUUCCUGCUGCAUAUUAUGCUAAUAAUAAGGCCUGGAUGACUGGCAACAUCUACGAAAAAUGGUUGAGAGAUUUAGAUAACCGUUUUUCAGCAGAGAAGCGCAAAGUUCUCCUAAUCGUGGACAAUUGUACUGCACACAUGGAAGUCACUGGGCUUCAGGCAAUCCGUGUGGAAUAUCUCCCACCAAAUGCAACUGCAGUUUUACAGCCAAUGGAUCAGGGGAUAAUCAAUAGUUUCAAGCGAAAAUAUAAGACAGUGCUCUUGCAAAGAGUAAUCCUUGGCUUGGAAAGGGAACAACCUUAUCAGAUUGAUAUUCUUGGUGCAAUGCAUUUAUCAAUCAGUGCAUGGAAUGAUGUUUUUAGAUGA